CAAAUUUUCAGUUGCAGUCAGUCAGACAGAAGAUAGCCCCGAAAACUCGCCACGUCAACAUUCACGCAGUGUCCGCUGAAGGUUGAGCUGGUGUAUCGCAACUUGCUGAGCUCAUCAAAUCCCGUUCGCUUAUUCUGUGAAACAUCUUGACUCGCUUCUUAAAGCUCUUCUGAAUCUGAGCUUUGUGUAGCUCUGCCAUAAAUAAAGCAUCAUCAGUUGCGAGCCAUAUCGUGGCAUACUACUUUGUUCCAGUUUGUCCCUCUUACCUUUCCACUUGCUAUUUGUCCGGAGUCCGGCGUAGAUCUCCGUUUGGCGGAGCUUACUGUCAACGAUUAACACAAGCACCCAUCUCGCCAAGAAGAUACGUUUGUUACCUUAGCCCACUUGUUUUACCCAUACCCUCACGCGCAGGUGGUGUGGUGCAUCCCUCGUUAGAAUCAACUGCAGAAUAUCUCGCUACCGGUGUCUCGCUACCAGUCUUGCCACUUUCGCUCAAGUCUGACCCUGCCAAGGAGACUGCAGCAGCGAAACUCCUUAAAAGCAUUCGUGAAGAACAUCCACUGUCGCUUGCCUUUUCGUCCCAAUCUCACUGCCUCACUGCAGCUUGGCCUGGCUCAAGCCUCCUCGCAUGUACAAUCGCCUCGAAAAUUGGGAAAUCACUACUUAAGUCCACUCAAACAGGUCAACAAACAAUAGCCUCCAGCGCAGCCGUAUCGCAACUCCUCACAGAUCUCCAUAUCUUCGCGGUGCCGAUUAGAGUGAAUUUUUGACCGGUCCGAGGUUUUCGGGACUCGAGGCUAAGAUUUGCAAUUGAAAAGUCCAUUCAAACAACAAGAAUCCAUUAUUAACCCUUCAGGAUUUCCAUCGAAGCUAAACCUGCAGUUCCAGGUCGACCUUGCGAUCCGCCAGGACUCCCGACCAACGACUUUGCCCCGCAAAUUAUCCAUGGACAGUGGGGUCAAACCACUCUCAAAUAACAAAACCAUGUCGCGUCUUAACUCCCAUGCCCCGGCACAGAAUGACUCCGGGCACAGAUUGCCGGCCCACGCUACUCAUCGACCUGGAAAUCCUAUUGGCUCCCAGGCAGCACCAACAGGGGUCAUCACUUCGAAGCAACUUCAAGAAUUACAGCACCGUCACCAAAUGCAGCUGGCCCUUGUCAAACAAGAAGCCCGUGAGCUUAAAGAAGAAAAGGCUUUUCUGGUGGCUCAGAACUUGCGCUUGGAGAGGGAACUUUGUCUACAAAAUCAACCUAAUUCUCAUGGUAUGGUUGACCCAAGAAGAGCCGAACUAAGUUCAAGGCCGUCAUUCAAUCGAUCGCGCUCGCAUCCAAAUGCAGACUUUCGAGAUCCUCUCCACUCGCUUACUUCAAAUUCACCCACCUACUCUGGUUCUUCUUGUUCUUCUCACCCAUGGGCCUCUUCAGGCGGGCCGACUACGCCUAGCUCGCUCUCACCGCGAUCGCGUCACUCUCGCAACGCUAGCUCAGCCAGCCUGACCGUACCAACCUCUCACGCGCUGCCACCUAUGUCUCGACGACCCUCGUUGAGCAAUACCGGCCUACCAGCGACGUCUGCGCCCGACCCAGCCUUGCUACUUCAACGUUUGCGAUUAGCCGACCGACAGCAAAAGAUGGUACACUCGCAAAACGUACUAAAUCCACUGCGCCCUCUCUCCGUGGCUUCGAACGCCUGCGAUGAAGUACGCGCACAGUCUUCCCGCUCCAAUCCCGGAUCCAGAGGCCACAGCCGUCGCAAUUCACUUUCGGGUAGCGGUAGUGAUCAACCUUUGAAGGGAAUCUUAAAGCCUUCUACACCGAUGAGGCCUGUCUCCUCCUGCUCUAACACGAUUGUCGGACCGCCUACUCGCCCACCCAGCCGACCAUCGACAGGCAUGGGUUACUACGUCGAUGAAGCUUAUGAUUCCAUUACACGCCCGAGUGGACAGCGCACAUCCUCUUCCAUCUACAACCAACAGUUUCAUCACAGUAGUAUCCCUCAACACAGGAGUCGUAGAGGAAGCCUAGACGUACCUAAUGGAGAACGUCCAAAAUUCAAUCACGGUUGCAAUUGUUAAUAAUAUGCAAUCAGUAGAUAGAGAACUACCUAAAAUACAUUAUACACUACCUAAAAUACAUUAUAGAAUCCGCUACCUGUUUUUAACCCAUAUGAAGAUACAGUAUCUUGUGUACCCUACCUAGUUUUUGUGAGUGAUAGUGAAUGGACUGAAAACAAUAGGCUCAUUUCAAUUUGUAAAGAUAACACGAAUAAAGUCAAAAAAAAAAAUCAAAUCAUGAAAAAAUACACAGUAUAAUGCUUAUUAGUUCUCCAAAAUACAUAUAUGUCAAAGUUUGUUAUUUAUUUACAAGAAAAACAAGAAGCGCCCUAAAUGUAGAAUCGAUUGUUACACUCGUCUUUCAACAAACGCCUGCGAUGUUCCAAAUCAAGUUAUUCUAGAGAGUCAUGAUGGCAAUGCAAUCAUAGAAGUACAUCCAU